UAACCAAUCCUUGCAGAGAGAAGCGGGGCGGACCGAGAGGAGCGGAGGGAGCUCUGAGAGCUGCCGCCACUGCCGCGGCAGGGGCGUGGAGGGCAGGGGGCGGCCCGGGCCGUAGUUGGUAACAUGGCUCAAAGCAGAGACGGUGGAAACCCCUUCGCCGAUCCUGGCGAGCUUGACAACCCCUUUCAGGACCCAGCUGUGAUCCAGCACCGACCCAGCCCGCAGUAUGCUACGCUUGACGUCUACAACCCUUUUGAGACCCGGGAGCCACCGCCAGCCUAUGAGCCUUCUUCUGCCCCUGCCCCGCUGCCUCCACCCGUGGCUCCCUCCUUGCAAUCCUCGAGAAAGCUCAGCCCCGCAGAACCCAAGAACUAUGGCUCCUACAGCACCCAGGCUUCAGCUGCAGCAGCCACAGCUGAGCUGCUAAAGAAGCAGGAGGAGCUCAACCGGAAGGCAGAGGAGUUGGACCGGAGGGAGAGAGAGCUGCAGCAUGCUGCCCUGGGGGGCGCAGCUCCUCGACAGAACAAUUGGCCCCCUCUACCUUCGUUUUGCCCAGUUCAGCCGUGCUUUUUCCAGGACAUCUCCAUGGAGAUCCCCCACGAAUUUCAGAAGACAGUAUCCACCAUGUACUACCUCUGGAUAUGCAGCACUCUGGCUCUUCUCCUGAAUUUCCUCGCCUGCCUGGCCAGUUUCUGUGUGGAGACCAGCAAUGGCUCAGGCUUUGGACUCUCUAUCCUCUGGAUCCUCCUUUUCACUCCCUGCUCCUUCGUCUGCUGGUACCGCCCCAUGUAUAAGGCUUUCCGGAGUGACAGUUCAUUCAAUUUCUUCGUUUUCUUCUUCAUUUUCUUCGUCCAGGAUGUGAUCUUUGUCCUGCAGGCCAUUGGCAUCCCAGGUUGGGGGUUCAGUGGCUGGAUCUCUGCUCUGGUGUUGGUGGGGCCCAACCCAGCUGUAGCUGUGCUCAUGCUGCUGGUUGCCCUGUUCUUCACUGGCAUCGCUGUGCUGGGAAUUGUGAUGCUAAAGCGGAUCCACUCCUUGUACCGCCGCACAGGUGCCAGCUUUCAGAAGGCCCAGCAAGAAUUUGCUGCUGGUGUCUUUUCCAACCCUGCGGUGCGAACCGCAGCUGCCAAUGCAGCCGCUGGGGCUGCCGAAAAUGCCUUCCGGACCCCGUGAUCCCUGACUGGGAUGCUCUGGCCUUGCCAUUGAGGGAGCUGACUUGGCCCCCAUCCCUGAGGCCUUUGGGACUUGGUGAGACAUCACUACUUGAUGUCUCCUCCGUAGUGCUCCCAAUCCCAGGGCCAUGACUGCUGAAACUGACUUAGGGGUGUGUGGAGCCCACUGUGACCUAGUCACUGCUUCCCCCUACCACCCCCGAAUCACGCUGCACUGCUGCCCUCUCACAUGCCCCAACCCAGCUUCCCUCUGCUGUGCCAAGCCUGUUGCUUCGGUUAUUUAAAUAAAAAGAAAGUGGAACUGGAACUCAAA